AUGGCUCCCUGUUACACAAACUGCUCCUCCAUUCACCACAUUAGGAUUUCUGAGAAAGACAACAUCAAAUUGAGAAAACCUAUUGUGGAGAAAAUGCGCAGAGAUCGCAUCAACAGCUGCAUCGAACAACUCAAGAUCAUUCUGGAGAAGGAGUUCCACCAGCAGGAACCCAACUCCAAGCUGGAGAAAGCCGACAUCCUGGAGAUGACUGUGAGCUUCUUGAGGCAGCAGCUGCAGCAGGGUCUCUGUCAGAGUGACUACAACCAAGGCUACUCUCACUGCUGGAGGGACUCUGUGUCCUCUGUUACUCCUCUGCAGGGCCUCCAGCAGCAGAAGCAGCAGCUCCAUCAGGCCCAGAGAGCCAGCAGCUCCUCCCCAGCCUGCUCCAUCCUCAGGCCCACCACCCUGCAGGACAGCAGCAGCAGCAGAGGCCCCGUGUGGAGGCCUUGGUAGAAACACAGAGACACUUUGAGACCUGAGGGGACCUGCACUCCUCACCAUGUAGGAAAUGUAUUUCCAGCCUGCUCAUUCAUAGUGGGAUUCCUUAUUGUCUCAUCACAUUGAUGGAUAAGUAGUAAAAGCGAAGGCUCUCACUUAUUUGAAGAUUGUCCUGAUUAACUUUGAUUCACAUCUGAUUUUGCUUUUCCUUUGUGUUUAAAGCUGCUGGUUAAUUUUGAGUGAUGAUGGUUUUGUCAAAUCUUGUGAAAUGACUGUUUACUCCAGUGGAGUGUAUCUGUGGACUGCUUGAUGUAACAGUAUAUAAUGUAUAUCUGCCAUACUGUGUUGUACUGACAGCUGCUGUUGAGAAUAUUUCUCUUCUGUUUUGAAUUAUCUAUGCCAAAUUUUAUGUAAGAGGAUGAUAAUAAUGAAAUGUGUGUUUGUUUGUGUGUGUGAAAAUGAAUGAACAUAUUAACA